AUGGCAUGCCUUCGUUGUCAACGGCGCGAGAUUUUAAGGAAAUUUUUAAGCCUUCUCGAAACUCUGCCAUGUCUUUGGCAAGUAAAACAUAAAGACUAUAGUGAUCGCAAUAAAAAGGCGGAGGCAUACGAUGCUUUAGUUACAAUAUAUAAGGGAAUCGACCCCACCUGCACCAGGGAAAUCGUGGAGCAAAAAAUUGAUAUCUUAAAGACAGUGUACCGCAAUGAAUCGGAGAGAGCGAUCAGAGCACCAUCAGGAUCUGCAGCAGAUCAGAUAUUCAAGCCAUGCUUGUGGUAUUAUGAUAUGCUGCAUUUUCUGCGGGAUCAAGAUACUCCGAGGGUCUCUCCGAAAAACACUAAGGAAGACUCCGACUCCGAGGAACAGGAACACCUAGAGGAUAUUCGAGAUGAAAACGUUAAUACUCAGAAUAGCUUUUCAUCUAAGAUAUCAACAUCACCGUGCCGUAUGGUCUCACGGUCUGCUUCGAAGCCAAGUUCUACAUCUCGGAAGAGGAAGAGAGAAACGAAUGACGAAACUACGAACGAGGUAUUGAAACUUAUAGUGAACAAGAUCCAAUGGUUCGAAACUGAUGAUGAUUUCUCGACGUUCGGGAAACAUGUAGCCAACAAGUUAAGAAGCAUUAGUGCCGAGCAAAACGUUGUUGCUCAGAAAUUAAUAUGUGAUGUAUUAUAUGAAGCACAAUUGGGGUUACUAACAACAAAUAAUCAAAGAGUAAACAUGUGAAGCGCGCAAUAUGUCCCAUCUG